AUGCCUUGGCUCUGGCAAUACCUGGGUCAGCGACACAGGCGCAGGACCGGUGGCUGUACUCUGAGCCAAGCCCCAGCCCAGCCCAAGGCCGGGCCAUGGCGGGAGGAGCCUGCAGGCUGCCCAGCCCCUCGGCCCCUGCCCUGGGAGGAAGCGCCCACGAGUAAACACAGCCUCAUCAUCCAGCCCAGCGGGUCUGUCGCAUUCCACGCCGGCCAGACUGCGGUCACCGCAGCGCUCUCCCUUCCUGGGAGGAUGAGUGAGCUUUGCCUCCAGGGGAGAUGUGUGCGGGCAAUUCUCAUCUCUGUGCCCCUCGUCCUCCUGGGCUGCUGGGGACUCCCUGAUUUCCGGCAGCAGUUUCUUCAGGCUUUGGAGCCAGAGGAAGAGACCGCUUACUUUGGCCCUGACGCUGCCUCCAAAGCACCCCGAUUCGACGUGGCCCCGCUCACCUGCGUCUGUGAGCCCGAGCAUGAGGCCGAGGACGGCCCUGGGACGGCUCUUCUGGGCCUCCUCGCCACCUCCUUCACCAGCGAGCGUGUGGUCAAUGCCUCCCUCCGGCUGCCGGGGGCCCCCUACCCCUGCCUCGCGGGAGGCCUCGCCCUGCUGCCCCGAGGCGCAGCGUCCAGGCUCACCUUCUGCUUGGGCUGUGUGGAGGGCGACAUCCUGGUGGGUGCAGACAUGUUCUAUAUCCAGCCAUUGAGGAGGUGGCACCGGGAGCUGGUGCCUCCCUGGGGUGGUGCCCAGCCCCACCUGAUCCACAGGCCCACCCCCAGGGCACCAACGGUUCCAGGACGCUGGCUCUCGGCCCUGCCCCCCGCCCCGCCAGGCCGUCCUCCCGCCCCUCGCCUGCGGAGAGGGGCUGCCAGGAGCCUCCUGCACCUGGAGCUGCUGGUGGCUGUGGGCCCCGACAUGCACCAGGCUCACCAGGAGGACACGGAGCGCUACGUGCUCACCAACCUCAACAUGGGGUCAGAGCUGCUUAGGGACCCAUCCCUGGGAGCUCAGUUCCGAGUGCACCUGGUGAAGAUGGUCAUCCUGACGCAGCCUGAGGAUGCUCCGAAUAUCACAGCCAACAUCACCGCAUCACUGCGGAGCGUCUGUGAGUGGAGCAGGACGGUCAACCCUGAGGAUGACACGGAUCCCGGCCAUGCUGACCUGGUCCUCUAUAUCACCAGGUUUGACCUGGAAUUGCCUGAUGGGAACCGGCAGGUUCGGGGGGUCACCCAGCUGGGUGGCGUCUGCUCCCCGUCCUGGAGCUGCCUUAUCAUUGAGGAUACCGGCUUCGAUCUGGGGAUCACCAUCGCCCAUGAGAUUGGGCACAGCUUCGGCCUGGAGCAUGACGGCGCGCCGGGCGCAGGACGGGCGCGCUGCGUGUGGGACCCGCCGGGGCCGCAGUCCCAGCCCGCGGGGCGCCCUCCCGAGGCGCACCCCGGCCUGUACUACGGCGCCGACGAGCAGUGCCGCGUCGCCUUUGGCCCGACGGCGGUCGCUUGCACCUUCCGCAGGGAGCACCUAGACAUGUGCCAGGCUCUCUCCUGCCACACAGACCCCCUGGACCAAAGCAGCUGUAGCCGCCUCCUUAUUCCUGUCCUGGAUGGGACAGAGUGUGGCGUGGGGAAGUGGUGCUCCAAGGGGCACUGCCGCUCCCUGGCGGAGCUGGCCCCCGUGGGGGCGGUGCAUGGGCACUGGUCUAGCUGGGGUCCGGCCAGUCCUUGCUCCCGCUCCUGCGGAGGAGGUGUGGUCACCAGGAGACGGCAGUGCAACAACCCCAGACCUGCCUUUGGGGGGCAUGCGUGCGUAGGUGCUGACCUCCAGGCCAAGAUGUGCAACAGCCAGGCCUGCGAGAAGACCCAGCUGGAGUUCAUGUCGGAGCAGUGCGCGCAGACCAACGGGGAGCCCCUGCGCCUCUCCCCGGGCAGCACCUCCUUCUACCGCUGGGGCACGGCCGAGCAGUACAGUCGAGGGGACGCUCUGUGUAGAUAUCUGUGCCGGGCCAUUGGCGAGAGCUUCAUUGCGAGGCGUGGGCACAGUUUCCUGGAUGGGACACGGUGUGUGCCAGGCAGCCCUCAGGAGGAUGGGACCCUGAGCCUGUGCGUGUCGGGCAGCUGCAAGACGUUUGGCUGUGACGGCAGGAUGGCCUCCGGGCAGGUGCGAGAUGUGUGCCAGGUGUGUGGCGGGGACAACAGCACGUGCCGUCCUCAGAACGGCUCUUUCACGGCCGGAAGAGCCAGAGAGUAUGUCACAUUCCUGACCGUUACCCCCAACCUGACCAGCAUAUACAUCAUCAACCACAGGCCUCUCUUCACGCACCUGGCAGUGAGGAUCCGUGGGCGCUACAUUGUGGCCGGAAAUGCAAGCAUCUCUCCCAGCACCACCUACCCCUCUCUCCUGGAGGACAGCCACAUCCAGUACAAAGUGACCCUGACUGGGGACCGGCUGCCCCGCCUGGAAGAGAUCCGCAUCCAGGGCCCCACCCAGGACCGCAUGGAGAUCCAGGUUUACAGGCGCUACGGUGAGGAGUACGGCAGCCUCGCCCGCCCAGACAUCACCUUCACCUACUUCCAGCCCGAGCGUCGGCCGGCCUGGGCGUGGGCUCCCGUGCGGGGGGCCUGCUCGGUGAGCUGUGGGGCAGGGCUGCGCUGGGUGACCCACAGCUGUCGGGACCAGGCAGCAAACGAGUGGGUGGAGGCUGCCCGGUGUGCAGGGAGCCAGCAGCCGGCGGCGUGGUCCGAGUCGUGUGCCUCCAUGCCCUGUCCUCCCCAGCAGGAGAUGCCAGAUGCGUGCUCGUCGGCCUGUGGAACAGAUCCGGCCGUGCAGAACACGACGUGUGUGCAGGGGGCAGAUGGCAUGGGGGCGCCAGCAACUGCUGGGCCCUGCUCCACAGACGAGAAGCCGCCUGCCCUUGAGCCCUGUAUCGAGGUGGCAUGUCCUCCGGGCUGGAGCCAGCCAGAUGCCCAGUCUCCAGGGGAGAAGGCUGCAUCCCCAGCGGGCAGUGCCAGGCCAGAGGCUCAUGCUACACACGUGUGGACUCCCUUGGCAGGGCCGUGCUCUGUCUCCUGUGGUCAAGGCCUGAUGGAGCUGCGUUUCGUGUGCAUGGACUCUGCCCUCAGGACACCCGUCCGGGAAGAGCUGUGUGACCUGGCAAGCAAGCCUGGGAGCCAGCAGGAGGUCUGCCAGGUUGCCCCGUGCCCGGCUUGGUGGCGGUACCAGCUGGCGGCCUGCAGCGUGACCUGUGGGGGAGGAGUUGCGCAGAGGAUCCUGUACUGCGCCCGGGCCCACGGGGAGGACAAGGCCGAGGAGAUCCUGCCGGACACCCAGUGCCAGGGGCUGCCUCGCCCAGAGCAGCAGGAGGCCUGCAGCCCAGAGCCCUGCCCGCCCAGGUGGAAGGUCAUGUCCCUUGGCCCAUGUUCAGCCAGUUGUGGUCUCGGCACUGCCAUGCGCUUGGUGGCCUGUGUGCAGCUGGACCAAGGCCAGGACACAGAGGUGGACGGGGCGGCUUGUGUAGGUCUGGUGCGGCCGCAGGCCAGCAUCCCCUGCAUCAUCGCCGACUGCACCUACCGGUGGCACGUCAGCGCCUGGAUGCAGUGCUCUGUCUCGUGUGGGGAUGGCAUCCAGCGCCGGCACGACGCCUGCCUUGGACCCCAGGCCCGGGUGCCCGUGCCAGCCGACUUCUGCCAGCAUUUGCCCAAGCCGGUGACGGUGCGGGGCUGCUGGGCUGGGCCCUGUGCAGGGCAGGGGACACCCAGCUCGGUGCCCCACGAGGAAUCCACUGCUCCUGGCCAGACCACAGCUGCCCCUGCUUCCCCGGAGUGGCCCCAGCGCCAGGCCCACCUCCUCUCCCCAGCUCCCCGGCCGCAAGGACUCCCACCCGGGCCCCAGAAAAGCCCAGCAGAGUCCAGCGCCUGUGGCCGGCAGCACCUUGAGCCGACAGGAACCAUUGACAUGCGAGGCCCAGAGCGGGCGGACUGUGCAGUGGCCAUCGGGCGGCCCCUGGGUGAGGUGGUGACCCUCCGAGUCCUCGACAGUUCCCUCAACUGCAGUGCUGGGGAGAUGCUGCUGCUUUGGGGCAGGCUCACGUGGGGGAAGAUGUGCAGGAAGCUGCCCGGCAUGACUUUCAGCUCCAAAGCCAACACGCUGGUGGUGAGGCAGCGUCUUGUGCAGCUGCAAGGCGGAGUGCUGCUACGGUAUUCGAGCCAGCCUGCCCCGGGAGCCUUCCACCGAGGAUGUGACGUGCAGCUCUUCGGACCCCGGGGUGAAAUCGUGAGUCCAUCAUUGAGUCCGGAUGGGAGGAACAUGGGGGGCUGCCGAAUCUUCAUCGACGUGGCUCCACAGGCCCGGAUCGCCAUCCGUGCCCUGGCCAUGGACAUGGGCACCAGAACCGAGGAAACUGAUUCCAGCUACAUCUUGAUCCGGGAUAUCCACAGCCUGAGGACAACGACAUUUCGUGGGCAACAGACGCUCUACUGGGAGUCAGAGGGCAGCCAGGCAGAGAUGGAGUUUAGCCAGGGCUUCCUGGUGGCGCACACCAGCCUUCGGGGCCAGUACUGGACCCUCCAGGCUGGAGCUUAUUAG